GCACGAAAUCUCGGCGCGAGGUGCCUAAAAUCUAGCAGUGAGCGAGCUGCUGCCCGACGACGUCAGGGACGAGCUGCGGUCGAAAAAAGGGGUGUCGGCGACCGAAUAUUGAACGAAUGGUGCGCCUCAUUCGUUUCGAGCGAGAUCGAAUGGGUCACACCAUUCGACGAAUUUUGGGGCUGCGAACGAGCUGACUGCGGAUUAUCGUUCUACCCCAGCUGCUCGGCGAUAUUGCGGAGGAGAGGGCCACACAGCGUCCGGUAUCGGGCGGGGGAGGGGGCAUCGAAGGGCUGCUGCAGCCAAAUGGGGCAUUUUCUCGCGACGCCGACGUCGGCGCGCAACGCACCCAGUGCAACUCCGGGAGAUCGCGCGCGCGCGCGUCAUUGUGUAAGUGGACUUUUUUGUGUACGCGACGAUCCGGCUGAGAUAGCGGGCUGCCAAUUGCGUCGCUUUGUUUAG